AUGGCACAAUACAGCGACCCUGCGAAACAGUUUGGUGGUGACUUCUCCGGCCAAGCAGGCCCACAGGGUCAAGGCUUUUACCCCCAACAAGGCCCGGCUGGCCCCCUACCCCAAGGUCUUUAUCCCACCAUGAAUAACGUUCAAAAGAUGCAGCAGCCAGGUCAUAUGCAGUUUCCAGUCCAAGCUAGCCAGCAAGGCAGCCCUGCCCCAUACGAGCAACAAUAUCCACAAAGCCAGGUGCCUGGUGGGGCAUACUUGGGCACACCCCAGCCCAGCGCUGGGACCUUGCCCUAUCCACAGCAGCAGAACAUGCCGCUAGGCGAGAAUGCCUCGUACUACGGCACAUUGGUCCUGGCGGUCCAGAAGACGACAAAAGGGCUCGGCUCGACAGUGGUCGGUGGUGCUGCUGGCGGGUACGCUGGUCACAAGCUGGGAGGAGGGCUCCUAGGAAGCGCGGCUGGAGCGGUGCUCGGAGCUAUUGGUAUGAAUGCAGCAACCCAUCAAGUGUGA